CACACUUGUUUUUGUUUGUUCCACCGGACACGUUUGACAGGACGCAGACAGACAUGGGAAGAGAAGCGAGACCCAACUGGGACAACCCCAUCCAGUUUGUUCUGGCAUGUGUAUCAUAUGCAGUCGGUCUGGGCAACGUGUGGAGGUUUCCAUACCUCUGUCAGAUGCAUGGUGGAGGGGGGUUUCUGAUUCCAUAUUUCAUCAUGCUGAUUCUGGAGGGUGUUCCCUUAUUCUACCUGGAGCUGGCCAUCGGUCAGAAGAUGAGUCGAGGCAGCAUCGGGGCGUGGAGCGCCAUCAGCCCUUAUUUAGGAGGAGUAGGUCUUGCUAGUGUCGUGACAUCCCUGUAUCUGUGUCUCUAUUACAACAUCAUCAAUGCAUGGAGUUUCUGGUACCUCUUUCAUUCAUUUCAAUCAGUCCUGCCCUGGGCAGAGUGCCCCAUCAAUGCCAACCGUACAGGACCGAUAGAGGAGUGUGAACGGGCGACACCCACCCAGUACUUCUUCUACAGGGAAACACUGGACAUCUCUUCUAAUAUUGAAGUGAACGGAGGCGUUCAUACAGGCCAGGCUCUGUGCCUUGUGCUGGCCUGGGGGAUCACCUACCUGUUCAUUGUCCGAGGAGUAAAGUCAACAGGGAAGGCGGUGUACUUUACAGCCAUAUUUCCAUAUGUGGUCCUCUUCAUCUACCUGAUCCGGGGCGUCACUCUGCACGGUGCCAUCAAUGGUGUCAAAUACAUGUUCACACCCAAGAUGGAGCAGCUUGCCGACCCGAAAACAUGGAUCAAUGCGGCCACUCAGAUCUUUUUCUCCCUGGGUUUGGGUUUCGGGACACUUAUAGCUUUUGCCAGCUACAACCAGUACAACAAUAACUUUGAGCGCCAGGCCAUCAUCGUUUCUGUCAUCAACUGUGGAACCUCCAUCUUCGCCAGCAUUGUCACCUUCUCCAUCUAUGGGUUCAAGGCCACCGUCAACUACGAGAACUGCCUGGAGAGGACACGCUUACUGCUGCUGAAUACCUUUAAUCUAGCAGAGGACAGGAUCAACAUGGACAACGUCUUGGACUGGAUUACGAAGCUGAACACAACGUACCCAGAGCAGUUCGCUGAAAUCGAAUACAAACUGGAAGGCUGCAGCCUGGAGAGUGAGCUAGACACGGCAGUGGAGGGAACGGGUCUGGCCUUCAUUGUGUACAGUGAGGCCAUUAAGAACAUGCCGUUGUCUCAGCUGUGGUCAGUGCUGUACUUCGUCAUGCUCCUGCUGUUGGGAAUGGGCAGCAUGCUGGGCAACGUCACCGCCAUCAUCACCCCGCUACGAGACUUCAAGGUUGUGUCCCACUUGAGCGACGAGUUGCUCAAUGGUUUAGUGUGUUUGUUCUGUCUGCUGCUCGGCCUGGGCUUCACCACCACGUCAGGGAAUUACUGGUUUACCAUGUUCAACGACUACGGAGCCAAUUUCUCUCUGCUCUUCAUCGUCCUCAUCGAGGUCAUAACUGUCAGUUACAUUUAUGGAAUUAAAAGGUUUGAAAAAGACAUAGAAGACAUGAUCGGCCAUCGUCCCAACUGGUACUGGAAGAUCAUGUGGGCGGGAGUCAGUCCCCUUCUCCUCAUCACCCUCUUCGUCGUCUAUAUUGUCAGUUACAUCCGAGGAGGGACACCCACCUACCAAGCAUGGAACCAAGAGCUGGGUAAGUCAGUGGUGACGGAGUAUCCUGUCUUUGGUCAAGUCUUCAUCGGGCUGCUGCUGGUGUCGUCCGUCAGCUGUGUUCCCCUCACGGCUCUGUACGUCUUCUGCAAGAAGAGGAAACAAGGAAGACAUCCCGAGAAGCAACGUACUGUCAGCACAAUCUCUACUUAGUGACCAGACGAUGACAGAGACAAACCUCCCGCCAUCGCCCUUCUCCCUGGACACCUCCAUUAUCUCUGUUCUCCAGCUGAACUCAGCAAACUGUGUUGUAGUCGAGAAUACUGAGACCAACUCAUGACCAAGACCAGAACAGUUCCACUGCAUGACACCCUUAGGGUGCAACUGUAGAACAAACCAGGCACUCCUCAAAUUAACAGUAACAGAAAUGAGUCAAAUUAUUGGUUUUACAUCCAAUCACAGUAAUUAUGUUAACAAAUAGAUCAGACAGUGCACAGGCAAAUGAUCCUAGGUCCCGCCCCCCUUAGUUAGUGUUCCUAGGUCGGACAAGCUUGACAAAAACAAACUAGCGACACGGUUCCGUUUAACCCGGUGCCGCAGUGUAUAUUAGAUUGACAGCCAACAGCAAGGACUACAGUAUGCGAUGGAAGGAUAUAUUCACCAUGAUAAACUUUACUCAGGUAACCUUUCCCCUUGGGAUAUUAGACAGCGUGUCCAAAUAAAAGACACCAAAAGUUGCUUUGUAGCGGCACCUAGCCUUAAAGCUGGAGACACACCAAGCCGACAUCUGAGAACUAGCGGCGACGAAGCCCGCCUGUUGAGUCACCUCAAGUUGCCUUUUUUUGGCCGACUAGUUGCCCCCGAACACACCGCGAAGACUACAGCCGACGGCGGUAGUCUGUAUUUAUCAUUUAAAAAGGGAAACGGGAAGAUCGAGGAUGGCGGAUAUAAAAACCGCUGUUAUGAUACGUACAUGAAACAAAGCAGCAUUUGCCUACCAUUUUCACACCACUCUCACUCACCACUUAGCUUCAUUCCAUACGGCCAUGUCGCUUUGAAAAUAUCCGUGUGUUUGAA